AUGUUCCCCCUGGCAUCCAUCAUCACCGUUGCUCUGGCCGUACUCCCCUGCGCCAUCACUGCACCCACCGUCGGGGACCCAGGCGCAGUCUCGACCAGGAGUUUGGCAGUCCGCCAAAACUAUCCCUGGCAGUGGUGGACUGAAGGGCAAGGACAGUUCAACUGCCAACAGCAGGGAGGGGGACGGUAUUCCUGUUCGUGGAAUGGACAGCGAGGCGGUGGCAUGGUGGCGGGCACCGGUUGGGGAGCUGGCAGGAAGACCGUGAGGUACCAAGGGCAAUACAACCCCAAGGGCCCCGGCUACCUCAGCCUGUACGGCUGGACCCGCAACCCGCUGAUCGAGUACUACAUCGUGGAGUCGUGGGACGUGCUUGCGCCCGGCGAGCCCUGGACCCUGCGAGGCAACUUUACCUCGGACGGCGGCAAUUACGCCUUUUACACGGCGCAGCGCGUCAACAAGCCGUCCAUCGAGGGGACGCGGACUUUUACCCAGUACUUUUCGGUUCGCAGCGAGACCGAGAAGAAGGUCGGUACCGUAGGCGGUGCCAUCACCACGGGCAACCAUUUUGACGCCUGGGCUAGGAUGGGGUACCGGCUUGGGAACUUUGAGCAGAACAUGUUCAUGGUCACGGAGGCGUUUGCCAAUGGGACCCAGCUGCCCAGUGGGACUAGCACAAUCACUGUCAGUUGA